AUGAGUUUAAUUCGGUUGUUUAUAUGGCUUUCGUUUACUGCUUAUAAAACAGCUUCGGAUGAUUAUUACGAUGAAGAUUAUGACGAAAGACAAGCUAGCAAUGUUGCUACUGAUAAACCGCUAAGUGACAAUUUUGGUGGACAAAAUAUUAUUGAAGAUUUUGGAGAAUACCAAUUGCUUGGUCGAUGUAGUGGUGAAGAGUUUCUUCUGUCUGCACUGUAUACUAAAAUUAGUCAAUCGGAAAAGCACUAUUACUGCCUUUAUCUGUUGGAUAUUUCAGGGAAAGAACGUGAAUCAUCGAUGACUUUUGACCAGUAUUGUCGAAAUAUGAGCUUUGGCAAUCUGUUGUCGAUAGCAGACGAAAAUGAACUGAAUUUUGUUUCUCAGUUAGCUUCUGUUCCGCAAAAAGAUAAUGAUAGCGACGACGAUUUUAUGUCACCGUUUCCUUUGGGAUUUGGAGAAAAUAGUACAGAGUAUUCGGACGGCACUAGUACAACAUACUCUUUUAAAAUUUUACAACCAGCAAAAGAGUCAACCGGGUGUUAUUAUCUGGUUGUUCCAAAGAUAUCGGAACAUUAUAAAAAAAAAGCAAUAAUAAUGGAAAAAUCCUGUUCUGUUACUGUUAACUACUUACUCUGUAAACAGAACGUUGCUGAUGAUUAUUUAAUUGCAUUACCUCUAUACGACAGACCCAAACAAUGCCGACUGAUUAGCGAUGAAAUGUUCUGCUCUCGAGCAAUUAGUGAAGAUAUCUGUGUAAAAAAAUUUGGUGGUCAUUUGCCCUCUUUACGAAACAAUGCAAAUUUAUUGUUCAUUAACAAGAUUAUUUCUGACUCCCAACAAUUAGUAGGAAUUCCUCUACAAUAUAAUAUCCUUUUGGGUGCAGAAUCAGAUCCGCUGUCAACUUUCUUCUACGAUGGUACAGAUCCCACUUAUUUGUCAUCAUUCAGAAAAUACAAAAUUGAUAAUCCAUGUUAUUAUGUGCACCAUGACGGCAUGUCCGAUAGAAUUAUUGAGACUGAAUGUCGUAAUGAAAGCACAAUAUUAUGUGUUCAAGAAAUUCUUUCACGAGUAAAUGAAGCAAGACUUAUGACAAAUUUACAAACAGUUUACGAUGGUUACGAUUCGUUCAAAUACGAAGAAAUUGGACUCUGCGAAGAAGUUCCUGAGCUCAUUUAUCUCCGAAAACCAAUUGCGGUAGCAGUAAAAAAAGAAAUUUAUAUUUCUGAAAACGACCAAGAAAAUAAAACAGUCAGAAAUGCGAUAGGGCUUUACUGCAUCCACGACUUUAUACUGCCGGCAAAAAUUCGUUACGUUGUUGACUCGUUCAGCGCGGCAGACAGCUUCUGUUAUAUGGUAUUUGGUGGACAUUUAUUAAGUAUUCGUGAUGAAGCAGAGGAGUCUCUGAUAAGUGAUUAUUUAUUUUCGGAGAAAAACUCACUAGUUGAAGUUAGCGAAAAAAAUCCUUUGGCAAAUAUGAGACCUCUGGGUCACCCGUUUCCGUGGGGCAAGUUUGAUGAUGAUAGCUACAUGGUUUCUACCGAUGGGACUCCCAGCCAAUACAUAAUCCACAAAAGCUAUGAAACGUCCAACUGGCAAGACACUGGUGGUGCAUGUUUAGCGUUCGUCGCCAAGAAACCCUUUUUGAAAGGUGGUGUCAUGAGAGCAAACUGUGAUUUCAAAUGGAAUGGUUUCACGUGUAAAAAUCCACAAUUGGUCAAUAAAUUCGCCGCUCAUACUCAAAAAUUUUCAAACGUCAGUGCGAGAAAAGAAAAGUUGCGAGACAUCUCUGUUACGGUUGAAACAGUCGACAAUUUGUUGAAAUCAGCAUGGAAAGAGUGGUAUAAUGAGAUGAAUAAAACAUGCCGGAUAUCAUACCUAAUUCAUUUGUUCUCGGCAUUAACCGCAGCAAUCAUAUACAUAACAAUUUCCUGUGACCUUGUAAUAAAAGCGCAAAAAGUUGACGAAGAACUCAGGAGAACAGAUGAAGAGAAAGACAGCUUCUAG